AUGGCAGUGUCCACGUCCCUCUUCGUCCCCCAUCCUGGGCCUGCCGAGCGCCCAGCGAGGAUGGGGCUGCUGGCUCUCGCCCUGCUGCUGGCAGUGGGGCUCCUGCACACACAGGCCUCCCCCCUGGACCGCUCCUUCCAGCUGGAUUACGAGGAGGACUGCUUCCGCAAGGAUGGUGCCCCUUUCCGCUACAUCUCGGGCAGCAUCCACUACGCCCGCAUCCCACGCCCCGCCUGGAGAGACCGGCUCCUCAAGGUGUACAUGAGCGGGCUCAGUGCCGUGCAGGUCUACGUCCCCUGGAACUACCACGAGCCGCUGCCAGGGGUUUAUGACUUUGCUGGGGACCGGGAUGUGGAAGCCUUCCUGGACCUGACAGCCGAGCUGGGGCUUCUGGUGAUCCUGCGGCCGGGGCCCUACAUCUGUGCGGAGUGGGAGAUGGGUGGCCUGCCCGCCUGGCUGCUGUGGAAACCAGACAUCGUCCUGCGCUCCUCCAACCCCGCCUACCUGGAAGCUGUGGACUCCUGGCUCCAUGUCCUGCUACCCAAGAUCAAGCCACGCCUGUACCAGCAUGGGGGGAACAUCAUCAGCGUGCAGGUGGAGAACGAAUACGGGAGCUACUACGCCUGUGACUACGAGUACCUGCGGCACCUGCUGGGCUCCUUCCGGGCACUGCUGGGGAGCGAGGUGCUGCUCUUCACUACCGACAGCACGCGGGAGGAGGAGCUGCGCUGUGGCACGCUGCAGGGGCUCUACGCCACCGUUGACUUUGGGCCAGGCUCCAAUGUGACGGAGGCAUUUGGUGCCCAGCGCCGGGUUGAGCCGAAGGGGCCCCUGGUGAACUCCGAGUACUACACGGGCUGGCUGGACUACUGGGGGGAGGCACACGCCAGCACCAGCCCGGCGCGGGUGGCCCGGGGGCUGGAGGACAUGCUGCAGCUGGGAGCCAGCGUCAACAUGUACAUGUUCCAUGGGGGGACGAACUUCGCCUACUGGAGCGGUGCUGACUUCAAGGACCAGUACAAACCAGUGACCACCAGCUACGACUAUGAUGCUCCCCUCUCGGAAGCAGGAGACCCUACUGACAAGCUGUUUGCCAUCCGCACAGUCAUUAGCAAGUUCCAGCCCCUGCCAGUCGGUCCGAUGCCACCCGCCACCCCCAAGUACGCCUACGGCUGGGUGGCCCUGCAGAAGUAUGCCGACCUCCUGGAUGUCUUGGACGUGCUGUGCCCCUUCGGGCCCAUCCAGAGCCAGUUCCCUCUCACCUUUGAGGCCAUAAAGCAGACCCACGGCUUUGUGGUGUACCGCACACAGCUGCCCCGGGACGUCCUGGACCCAGCCACGCUGGGCGCUCCUCCCCACAGCAUCUGCGACCGUGGCUACGUGAUGCUGCAGCAGGAGUACCAGGGGACACUGGAGCGGGACGGGCAGACAACGCUGCGUGUGACGGGCAGGGCAGGGGACACCCUGGACGUGCUCCUGGAGAACAUGGGCAGGAUCAGCUUCGGGGCCAACAUCAGUGACUUCAAGGGCUUGCUGGGGAACCUCUCCUUGGACUCCAGCCCUCUCAGCAACUGGCUGAUCUACCCUCUGGCCAUAGACACCGCCAUCCAGCAGGGCUGGCCACACGCUGCCCUGCCAAAAUCAAGCAGCGGGGGCAGAGCAGGGCCAGCCUUCUACACUGGGACCUUUGAGACCCCUGGCAUCGCCUGGGACACCUUCGUGAAGUUCCCAGGUUGGAGCAAGGGCCAACUGUGGAUAAACGGCUUCAACCUGGGCCGGUACUGGCCCCGCCGCGGACCCCAGCAGACCCUCUUUGUGCCCGGCUCGGUGCUGCAUGUUGGCCGCCCCAACAACAUCACAGUGCUGGAGCUGGAGGGGGCACCCCCCGACCCCUUCCUGCUCUUCCUCGACCGACCCCUUUUCAACAGGACCCUCAGCCACAGCAGCACGGGCACAGAAUAA